AUGCACCGCCAGAGCCCGUCGCGCUUCGAUGGCGUCACGCAAGGCGCCGUAUCCGAAAUCUGGUCGCAUCCAUUGAUGCCGCCUGGAACAACUGUGAUUUACCAUGCCUUUUCUCAUAAAGAAGCCAAGGAGCAUGAUGUACAGGAGCUGGGGAGCCAGCAAGACUGUGAGAGCCAUCUGCAACGCAAGGCUGUGGUCUUCGAAUACUUCACUCGUCAGAAGCCAAAGCAGCAGCAAAAGAAAUCCAAAGGCCUCACUGCCAAACAGAGGAGAGACAUGAGGCUCUUUGACAUUAACCCAGAGCAACAGAGAUACAGUCUCUUCCUCCCUCUGCAUGAACUCUGGAAGCAGUACAUUCGUGACCUGUGCAAUGGGCUUAAGCCAGACACGCGGCCGUAGAUGAUUCAGGCCAAGCUCCUAAAGGCAGAUCUUCACAGUGCUGUUAUUUCAGUCACGAAAUCCAAGUGCCCCUCCUAUGUGGGGGUCACAGGAAUCCUUCUGCAGGAGACAAAGCAUGUCUUCAAGAUCAUCACCAAAGAAGACCACCUGAAAGUUAUCCCCAAGCUAAAUUGUGUGUUCACCAUAGAAAUGGAUGGCUUUAUUUCCUACAUUUAUGGAAGCAAAUUCCAACUUUGUUCAAGAGAGAGGUCUGCCAAGAAAUUCAAAGUAAAGGGAACGAUUGACCUGUCAACUCUCUGCCACUGGAGACAGAAGUCACUGGCAGCUGAGAACUGGAAAUACUUUAAAUACCCACUUUUCCAUGAAAGCUUUCUGUCCAGGGAAAGCAGACUGGCUGAAGAACUUUGAGCAACACAAGAAGAAGUCAGGGGUAGAGAUUUGCCUCUCCAUGGAGGAAAGACUAGCAGAAAAUGCACCAGGACUAACCCUGGGUGAUUUGAGGAAGGGCACCGUUAGGUUCUAUCCUUCAUACUUUCCUGUGUUUCAUACAUUCUGUGCUGAAUCAGUUAUUCAGUUAAUAACAGGCAUAAAUGGGCUCAAACAAAAGAAUCAUUCUUGACUUUCUGGGUUGAAAGGGAAGGGGCUUUUGUGACUCCUCAUCCCAUGGCCAUCUACCACCUUUCAUUGCUUUCACAGUGUGGAACAUCAUGGAUCUGACUGGAAGUCAGUCCUGCUCCAAACUCUGCACUGCCUACAGUUGGCUGCUCUCACACGAAGGCAUAGUGAGCUUGCUAGAGGCUCAGGGCUUCACUGCAGCAGUCAGAAUGGAGCAGAGAGGCAGGUCUGCCAGUACCUGUUGGCUACUAUUUGGAUAGAUUAGCCAAUGUAUCCAGCAAUGAUACCUUUGGCAUCUUAGUUCCAUUUUUGCUGCUGAAAUUAUAACUUUUCUACUGUGUAAGGCCAGAUGAGGUCUUUCUGCACAAGGCAAUUGGAACUGCAGGUCAGGGCCAGCAUGAGAAAUGGGGGGUGGGGGGGGGUCCAGCCACUCAUUGCCAGUAUUAGGGAGACCUUGUCCUUGAAACCUGGUUCAGAGGCAUCAGUUGUCCCUUGCUUGUAAGAAGUAUCUGCUGGCCAGCUCAGAAACUUGCCCUGUCAAUAAUAAGUGACAACCCAUCCAACCACUCACCCCAAGUAAGCGGUGUGCUGGUAGUCAAUUCCUUGGUGCCUCCCACUCAGACUACACUGGAUGGAAGAGGAAUG